AUGUCGCCCGCCGCGCAAGCGCCCCCGACGGCCGCCGAAAAGGUCGCGUCCUUCUUCUCCCGCAUGAGCCCAGUGCCGUCCUUCCCCGACUACACCGGCCCGCACAAGGUCGGCACCGUCGACAUUGAGAUCCCCGUCUCCGAGUUGGAGUCGCCCAGUCCGACCCCCUACAGCGCAACAGACAUCCACACCGUCCAGUGCCGCGUCUUCUACCCCGCGACCCCCGAGUCCAACGGCAAGCGCAUCAACUGGCUGCCCUCGCCCCAACGGCAGCAUGUCUCUGCCUACACCCAAUUCAUUGGCAUCCGGCCCAUGCUCGCAGACAUUGUCUCAUUCCUCCCGCGACACCUACACUACACCACGAUCCCCGUCCACAAGAACGCCGAGAUCCUCGAUCCAGACACCCCGAACCGACGAUGGCCGACAAUGAUCUUCUCCCACGGCCUCGGCGGCAACCGAAACACAUACUCCCACUUCGCCGGCUCCCUCGCCUCCCACGGCAUUGUCGUCAUCUGCCCCGAACACCGCGACGGCAGCGCCGUGGCCUCCUUUGUCCGCAUCCCCGGCAAACAAGACCAGUACUUCAUGCGCGACACCCGCCGCGUCGUCUCCUACGUCCGCAUAGACCACGACGCCCGCCCCGAAAUCUACGAAGCCCGCGAAGACCAGCUGCGCAUCCGUCUCUGGGAACUCGGCAUGAUCCACAUGGUCACCCUCAACAUGGACCUCGGCCUCGCCAUGUCCAACCUCAACAAGUCCACGCCCAGCCUCACCCAGUUCAAGAACAAGCUUCACGUCCACGAGCCGGGCUGCAUCCUCUUUGGCGGCCACAGCUUCGGCUCCGCCUCCAUCGUCCAGCUCCUCAAGACGACCUACUACGCCGAAUCGUCCGCCCUCGCCCACGUCCAGAAGCCCUUAUUCACACCGCGCCCGGACUCGGCCCUCUGCAGACAAAUCACACCAAAGAACGUCACCAUGCUCCUCGACAUGUGGUGCUUCCCGCUUCUCGCCCCGGGCUCCGCAGACCUCUUCAACCUGCCCCUCCCAGCCUACGCAAACACAUCCACCGCGCCAGGCGGCAACGCCAUCCUCGCCGUCGAGUCCGACGCAUUCUACAAAUGGACAGACCACCUCCACGUCACCGCCCGCGUCCUCUCCCCGCAACCCUCAGCAUCGGUGAUCACACCACAAGUCUUCCGCCGCAGCGGCGUCAGCCUCCCCGAGCCAAACUUCUUCUACGUUCGCUCCUCGGCGCAUCUGUCCCAGUCCGAUUUCGGCAUCCUCUUCCCCUGGCUCACCAAAAAGAUCUUCAACUCGGAGGAACCGGAGCGCGCUCUGCGACUGAACCUACGGGCUCAACUGCAGCUCAUGCGCGCCAACGGCGUGCCCGUGGCGCGGACGUGGAUCGGUGACCUGGUGGACGGCACGGGGUCCGGGAAGCUGGGUAUCUCGACCGACGAGGACGGCGAUAACGGGCCUGACGAUGGAGUCAUGGACGAUAAAGUCAUCUUUGAACGGUGCGAGGGGAAAGUGCAGUAUUGGAACUGGAUCGACGUUAUUGGUAUGGGCCAGCCGGACGACGAGGAGGAGGCGCCGCCGCCGGCAGAUGGGUCGACGGCUAUGAAUGGUGCAGGGGGCGGUAGCGGUAGCGGGUCGGGCGUGAAUGCGCAGGUUGCGGGGGUGGAGCAGACGGACCGCGAUAUGGAGGAUGAGUUGGAGCCGCUUCAGGCUGUUGCGAGCGCGGCGCAGGUUGCGGCGAGGUCAUGA